CCAACUCUUACCCAGAGUAAUCCCCAACUCACCAAACUUUAUUUUUCUUUUACAAACGUAAAUCCACUUAGCUUGUUUACAGCCAAGGCUUGUUGGUUUACCAAAUGAACACAUGGUACAAGUUUUUUUAAGGUGCAAAUGUCCUGUUGUUUAGAGUGACACUUCAAAAACAAACUUUCACAAAUCAUAAACCCUCAUUUCUAAUGUUGGAAAGCUAACAAACAUUACAUGUGAUAUUAUUAAUAUACAGUGGGUAGUACGGAAAGUAUUCAGACCCCUUUAAAUUUUUCACUCAUUGUUUCUUUGCAGGCAUUUGCUAAAAUCAAUAAAGUUCAUAUUAUUCCCCAUGAACGUACACUCAGCAUCCAUUCUUAGCAGAAAAAGCAGAAAUAUGUAAAUGUUUGCAAAUUUAUUAAAAAAGAAAAACUGAAAUAUCACAUGGUCAUAAGUAUUUUGACCAUGUGAUAUACAUUUUACACCAGGGAUCAGCAACAACCUAAGUCAUUCACAUUUACAUAUAAAUUAAAGCAAAUUAGUCCACCAAUGAAGUGAUGGGUAUACUAAGAUAGUCUUCAAUUUGUGGCACUCUUUAUAUUUCAAAAGGAAAUCAGAACAGAAAAAUGGCUGAUCACAUCCUUUAGGCUAUGUAGAUUUGACCAGUGGGACACACACUCAUCUCUGGAACGGCUUAACACACACUUUCCAACAUUAACAAACACAAGUAUGCCCACCCCUAUGUACACAGAGACACACACACUUAAUGGGGACCAGUUGGCUGGGGUAAAACAAAGUUUUCUGGAUGGCUUUGUUCUCAGCUGAUCACAUCUUUUCGAGGCGGCUUAGAGGUCUGAGUUGAAGUAUAGAAACGUUUUUAGUAGAACAUUUAAAGACACAGCAGAAUGCCUUUCAUUUAUUUUUCUUAGACAAUUUUAAUGUGCUGGCUGAAAAAAAAAAUAUUAGAAUAACCUCGUACUUUGAAAUGUUGUCACAAUCAUAACAUUGCUUAUUUACUUGUAAAGUGAGUUCCCAGUUUCUUCCAUGAUGCCUAUACUCCUUAGUAUGAGUUGUUGCAAACUGAAAUAGUCCUCACAAAGUUUGAGACAAUUAUUUUGCUCAUGAAGCUUGUGAGCAUGCUCCUGUAAAUUCCCAGUAAUGCCAGAGAUCUGGUAGUUUCCCUCCUAGUGAACCUGUCUGGAUGUGUCUGUACAGCCUUUGUAAAAACAAGCCUUAUCACCUCCGAUGGUGGUAAGAUUAGGUUUCCUGUGGCUUCUAGUUAGCCACAGGGCUAACUAGAAGUCCUGUGGUGUUUUUCAAGACUGAAUUGUAGGUUCUAGGUACAUUGAUGUAAAAUUUUAACUUGCUAUAAUAUAUAUUUCCUUUGCCGAAGUUCCAAGAUAGAAAAAAAACUCAUGUCUGUGUGUGAAAGUGUGACUUAUAUUUUCAUGGCUCAGCUCAGCUGCAGUGGAAAUUUUCACACAUCUGCCUGUGCUUUUGAAAUCAAAGACAUUGUUUCCUUUCAUCUGUCUCAGACUGUUAGGCUGUCUCCAGAGGCAGUCGUUCCUAACCAUAUGUCCAGGUGUCUUCUUAUCUGCCUGUUUUCUUCUGUUUCUUUCUGGUGUGUGACUACAUACUGCUACAUUUCUUCAGUCUAUUUCAUGUAGCUCGUUGUUUUCAGGCUUCUUGGUGUGGCAAUGCUGUUAUAUGCACGGGACACCCUCUUUGAGAGAAAAAAACAUAGAAAAUAUACAUUCGUAUAAUAGCUUAUCUCAAAAUCAGUAAAACAAAAAAAUGCAUACAUAUAUACAGUAUCUAUACACAGACAGUAAUAUCUUUUGUUUUGGGGCGAAAGUGGCUUUGUUUUUUUUUUUGUUUUGUUAUUUUUAGAUUAAAUAAAAUGUUGCAUUUCAAAAUUCAGUCAUGGUCAUGUUUAAUGCUGCUGUAUGUCCACUGUGUUUUGUGGCACUUCCUGCUUCCUCCUGCUAUCUUCCAGUAUCACACGGCUCUUUUCAGUUAUUGGUGUCUAAUCUAAUAACUAUUGUAUUAACGUGCUUGACUGGGCAGCAAAAUGGGCUAAGAUAAUCUAUGGAGUCCUGUGAAGACCAAGAGGAGAUCCCAAAUCCAACAAUGCAGAUGAGCUCAAAGUUCCUAUUAAAUCAACCUGGGUUUCCUCAAUACCUCAGCAGUCUCCUUCAUAUGAACUAUAUCACUCUGAAAAAUAAAUAAAUACAUAUUUUCGUUCAAAGAGUUUAACCUGUUGAAUCAAAGCAGGUCGCUGCUUUGGUCUCCUGCAUACUUUCAGACUCCAGUGGGAGGAGCCACGCGGCGCUGUUAGGUUUUAAAUCCACACGUGGUCUCCGUCUCAGGGCUUGUUUAGCAGCAGCGACGUAUUGCUGAAAACCUCUGACGAAACUCAUGCCAGCGCACUGCACACGUCCGCCGCGGCAGGGGUAAACUGGACCACACAGAGGCGAGAAUGCCAUCUCACCCUCUCAACCAGUUUUCCGAACUGGAAGACGUAAUGAGCAAGCAUUUUCUCAGUCUUGACCUUGGAGAGCAGAACAGACCGCCUCCCUCUGUGAACCUGGCCAUGACUUCUCCGGGUUACGCCAGCGAUCUGUGCAGAAGCUCCUCGUUCUCUCUGUCCAGCCUCCCUGCCGAUUCGUCAGACGGCCUGUUUCUGGCCUCCAGCCAAUGGGGGCAGCCGUCAGAAAGCCCGUCGCCCUCCCAGCUUGCUGCUAACUCCAACCAGUGGGGAAAGUUUGGUUUUCUCUCCCAACGCUCUGUCAGCUUGGUGGAGACGAGGAGCAUGCUGGCAGCAAGCCUAGACUGGCCCAGCACUGAACUGAAGACAUCCGAAAGUGACAUGAGCCCCACUGCCUUACAAGCUGCCGCUGCCUCUUCAUCAUCCAGCUCCUCAUCACGCUACAAAACCGAACUUUGCAGAUCUUUCACAGAGAACGGCCUGUGCAAGUACGGCGGGAAGUGCCAGUUCGCCCAUGGCCCUGAAGAGCUACGUGAUCUAAACAGACAUCCUAAAUACAAGACGGAGCCUUGUCGCACCUUUCACACCAUCGGCUUCUGCCCGUACGGGAUCCGCUGUCACUUUAUCCACAACAGCGAGGAAGAGAAGAAACCCGCCUUUUCUCGCUCGUCCUCAUCAUUCUCCUCCACCCUUAACGCUUCUCACCAGCUAGCAGAUUCCUCCUCUCCCUCGUCCUUGCGCUCUCACAGGCCGCCUCUGAUCAGGCAGAGUUUUAGCUUCGCUGGCUUUCCUUCCGCUCCUCAGCAUGUCCUCCAGUCAGUCUUGACUGGCCACACCCCUCCCCCUUCCGCCACCGCCGCCUCGUUUACAUGCGGCUCAUCAGGCUCUCCUGCUUCCUGUGCCGACAUCACCGACCUCCUCUCCAGCGCCUUCCUGGAGAUGGACUCCGCCUUCGAGGCGUCUGGCGUCCAGCAGUGCCAGCCCUCAGCGGGCCACGUUGCCCAAACCGACCUGCGCUCCCACUUCCUGCCUUCCCCCGACUCAGGCUACUCCCCCAGUGGACUGUCGCCCACCAGCUCACCCUCCCUCCAACAGAGCCCCAGCAGCGCUGACCAUCUUCUGGGGUCGCUUGGCGCCCGCUCUCCGUCUUAUACCUCCCUGUCAGAUCAGGAUCAGGACGGCGGCAGCUCCACCAGCUCCCUCAGUAGCUCCGAGUCAUGCGGGGGGAGCAACGACAGCAACGGGAAGCGCUUGGCGGUGUUCAGCCAGCUCUCUGUUCCAUAAGAUUGCUGCUGGCUUCCGCCUAAAAGCAGCAGAGGUCUUUGAAAUGAAAUGUUCUCACCUUUAACCUCGGUAUAUUUUCACCUGACUGACACAUAAGACGUUCUUUACAAACUCUGUGGCAUUAAAGAUGAUGAGGACUUGAUGGCAGAUUCAAAACACUUUAUAGAGAUUUCCCUGUGUAGAUUUAUGUGGCCAAAUUAUUACCCCGACACGCACAAGCCACACUGAUGCUUAAACUAAAGAAUACAUAUCACCGUAAUAGUUUUACAUCAAUAAAUGGGCUUUUAUUCUUUACCUAAAUAGUUAAUAUGUGCCAUGAAGACAAAGAGCAAAAAAGCCAAAUCAGUGUCAUACGAUUGAUUUACUCAACCGCACAAUCAUUCACUUGUCUAAAUGUUUUAUGAAUGGUUUGCAGUAUGUGACAAAGCCAAAGAGGACAUGUUUUUGCAGCUCAGACUUCCUAAUUACGGUCGAACAAACGGUGGCCAAUGUUCAGGAGUUUGCUCCAAUAACUGUACGCAGUGUUGUUUAUAAGCUUGUGAAAUAGUUUUUUGGGGGGUUUUUUCUUUGUAAAUGUGCAGUCUGAGGUUAUGUUUAGAUUACUGGCCUUAAACCUGUAAGUCAGACAGAGGGUUGUCUGUUUUUUUUUUUUUCUUUUAAAAGAUGUGCCUGUAAUGUUUUUAUUGGGUCCCGUUUUGUUGUUGAGCCAAGAUUCUGAUUUUUUGGAGAGAUGGAAAUGGAGGCGAGUCUCAACCUUUUUUCUCGGAAGCAUUAAUUCAAACUGUCUUGGUAUGCGUUGCCAGCUUGUGGGCGCUAGUUGCAUGCCUAACCAGCAAGUCUAAGCUACAGUUUGAAGCAUAAACAAGAUGCCUGCUAUUGGCAUUUGGCUUUAACAUAUUUAAAUCAAAUCCUUCUUAACAGCUCUCGUCAAACACCCCCAUUUUAGGUGCUGAUGGUGUUUUUGAAUUGAUCUUUGACACAGACAUUGCUGUUAGUGAGUCUUUGUUUUGUUUUUUUCUUUCUUGCUCUCAUCCACGGGUGCACCAUUACAUUUUCAUCAAAUGUUUUAGUGACUCUCGUCUUGUUGCAUCUCUCCAUCAUUCAGUGUUAAUCCUUGCUGUUACGGCUUCAUACUGUUCUGAUAAGAUCCACUUGAAAUGUGUCCGUUGCCUUACUGAAUUAGACUGUAGAGGUUUAGAGUACGUAUGCUUAGUGUUCUAGAAACAUUACUCGGCUGUAUUUUUUUUUUUGUGAUUUUUUUGUUUUGUGUGCGUGUGUGUGUUUACAGUAGUUGGUUAGACGAACAGGCGUCGUGAUGUUCCUGGUCUAUUUAAGAAUCGCCUUUUUCAUCAACAAGUUUGAGACCUGUUUAGAUAUAAAGGUGAACAUCUUUAGUAAAUUAAUUUCUUUAAUUUAUUUUAACGUAUUUAUAGAGGACUUCUCAGUUAAUGCUUGUAUCGAGUUUAAUAUAUUUGGGUUUCUUCUGCCUUUUUCUACUGAAAAUAAAGUUUUUCUUUUUUAAAAAUA